UAAGGUAGGAAACGAAAAUGGUAGUUGCGACAUGUUCAUGCUCACGUUCAUGGGUGACACUGCCAUGGAAUUUGAAGACAACAACGCCACUGUCACUGAGGCUGAACACAGUGAAAUUGAAAUGUGAAUCGUUUUCUGAAGCCUCGUGUUCUCUCAUUCACAACGACGAUCUUGAAGCUCUCUUACAGAUCCUUCCAUCUGAUUUGCAUCACACUCUCCUCAAUCAACCUAACCGCCCUCAACUCUUAGAGAUUAUAUUGGAUUUGGGUCGUUUUCCAGAAGCGCGUUAUCUAGGCAAACACGGAGGCCAAUAUUUAAGGAACACUGAGGUAACGGUGAAGGAGUUGGAAUAUGCUGAACAAGCUAUUGGGGAAUUUGGGAAUGACAAUAGAGCGGGCAUUGAGGGUACGUUGCACAGAAUCUCUGCAAUAAGGAGUAGGAAUGGGGCCAUAAUCGGUUUGACGUGUCGAAUUGGGAGGGCAGUUACUGGCCACAUUGACAUGGUUUAUGACCUGCUUCAAUAUGGGAAGAACAUUUUAUUUGUUGGAAGGCCUGGAGUUGGCAAGACUACUGUUAUGCGAGAGAUUGCACGUGUGCUGUCUGAUGAUCUUAACAAAAGAGUGGUGAUUGUUGAUACCAGCAAUGAAAUUGGAGGUGAUGGCAAUAUUCCACAUGCAGCAAUAGGUGGUGCAAGAAGAAUGCAGGUGCCCAAGCCAUCAAUGCAACAUAGGGUGAUGAUUGAGGCAGUGGAAAAUCACAUGCCUGAGGUGAUUAUAGUGGAUGAAAUUGGCACAGAAGCUGAAUCUCAUGCUUGCCGGUCAAUUGCUGAGCGAGGCAUCAUGCUUAUUGGGACUGCUCAUGGACAGCAACUUGGGAAUAUCAUAAAAAAUCCUACACUCUCUGACCUGAUUGGUGGAAUAGAAACUGUUACUCUUGGAGAUGCAGAAGCCAGAGCAAGAAAUUGUCAAAAGACAAUUCUUGAGAGGAAAACUCCUCCAACAUUUGAUUUCUUAAUUGAGAUGAGAGAUAGACACUACUGGCUUACACAUCAGACUGACAAAAGUGUAGAUAUGUUGCUUCGAGGUAAAAGUCCUCAGGUUGAGGUAAGAAAAAGAGAUAAGUGCAAGGUUGUGAUAGAAAAGUCUAAAGCAUAUGAUAAAUGCCAAAUUUGAUUUUCCCCUCAACCAUGAUAUAAUAAUUCAUUUUGAAGCAAUUUAAGAUUGUUAAUUUGUUUACAGGAAAAAAAAAUAAUUUUAAAGCUAUUAAACCUGCUCAGCAUUAUGUAAAUGAUUAGUUCCGCUAAUGUUACUAUGUAUAUAUCUUCACUUUGAAGUUACAUCCAUGCGCCCUUCUGUUUUAGCACUUUAUGUUCCUGAUACCAACCAAUUUACAUCAUGGCAUCUGAUUAGAGUGUACCAUGAGAACACCCAAUUUUGUUGGGACUAAAUCUUUUCUCCUCUUAGUGUUAUUGUUGCCGAAAGGCAUCUCAUGAUAUUUGUCCCCGUCGGGAGAAAAUGUAUUAAUGAGGAAUUUUAAGGAAUGUCGAUUUCAAGCCUCGUGAGUGCAUUAUCUUUUCAUUCUGA